AUGUCCGUCCUGAAGAUUCCUGCUCUUGCUAUCACUGCACUGGGCAUUUACAGUGCCUUCACGCCUCCUCAGCCAAAGCCGAAAGAGAGCGAUUCCCAGAAAAAUCUGGGUACACUGGAGAAAACCUUGUCCCCUAUUUUCCGAUUAUAUGCUGCAAGCUUCAAGGUCUUCCUCUGCUCGGCAAGCAUUAUUGAGGCUGCCGUGGUAUGUGCGAACAGAUAUUCCGCACAUGCUACAUCGCAGAAGAUCCUCGGGCUCUUGAUCUUUGGCCCAGCAUCUCUCGCGAGUAGAAUAGGAUACUCUACCUCUUUCAUAGUCGGCUGCGGAUUGGUGACGCUGGGCAGCUACAUUCGCUACCGCUGCUACCGCGCGCUCGGCAAACAAUUCACUCUUGAACUGAACGUCAGCGACAAUCACAAGCUCAUCACACAUGGCCCAUACGCAUACGUGCGCCAUCCAUCGUACACCAGCGCCCUGGCCGUUUUCAUCGGCUCAGGUUGCUGCUACGGAAGUCCUGGCUCUUGGUUCAGGGAAUGUCAGAUCGUUGAUACGACGUGGGGUGGUGUGCUUAUUGUUGCAUACGCGCUGUUUGUGUCGGUGGCGACGGUGGUGAUUACUUCCCGCCUGGUAGUGGAAGAUCAGUUGCUAAGGGAGAGAUUCAAAGAGCAAUGGGAUGCGUGGGCGCAGAAAGUACCGUACAGACUGGUUCCUUUCUUGUACUGA